AUGGCAGCCUCGAAAAGAGACGAACAAAGAUGGCGGUGGCUCCAACAAUAUGGCCCUCGCCCAGACGCGUGGAUCGACAGCUGUGAACCCAUCGAGAAUCGAUUCAAGGUUGCCGAAGGCAGUCAUCUGUACAAGAUGCUGCCAAAAUCCCCAGCUGUUCAGCCAACAUUAGAGUACGCAUAUCGCCCCGUCAGAGUUGCUGAAGGGGUCAACCUUUACAAGAUGGCGCGUGAAGUGGUCCAGCCAGCGCUGGACCGCCAAUAUCAUCCCGGGGGCCAUUGCCAACUCAUCUAUCAGUAA